AUGCCCAAUGGUGAUAUUGUCAGUGGUUCAAGUGAUGGAAUAAUUCGUGUUUUUACUAGAGUACCAGAGCUUGGGGAUUUGAAUAAAGAAACACUUCCCGGAUCUGAGGCAUUACUUCGACCAGGAGAAACGGACGGUCAAGUAUUGAUGGUUCGUAAUGGUGAUUUAGUUGAAGCUCAUCAGUGGAGUGAAGCCAGUAAAUCAUGGAAAAAGGUUGGAGAGGUUGUUGACGCGGUCGGUCAAAAUCGCAAACAAUUAUAUAAUGGAAUAGAAUAUGAUUAUGUAUUUGACGUUGAUGUUGGAGAAGGGAUGCCACCAUUAAAACUUCCAUAUAAUGCCACAGCAGCACAACAAUUUAUUUGGGCCAAUGAACUUCCACAAAGUUAUUUGGAUCAGGUAGCAGAUUUUAUAACAACAAAUGCACAAGGAGUGUCAAUAGGCACAGCCAAUCAAUACUCCGAUCCAUUUACAGGCGGCUCUAGAUAUACACCCGGAACUUCAAGUUCAUCAAUACCAUCUAACACUAGGCCAAAUUACCUUGAUCCUUGGACUAGUUCAGGAGCCUCUAGCAGUGGUACUUCUGAAACUAAGAAAAUAAUUCCACAAAAAACAUAUUUAACGUUUCGUCAGGCCAAUCUUCAAGCUAUAUUAAAAAAAAUUAAUCAAUUUAAUAAUGAGUUAAAAGAUGUUUCAUUGAGUUCUGAAGAAUUUGCUAUUUUGGAAAAUUUGACAAAAUUUUUACAGAAUCCAGAUCCCAAGCUUGCCUCAUCACCUGAAAGAGAGAAAGAAUUUCUUAUCAUUAAGAAAGCCCUUACUCUUUGGCCAUCGCAUUAUCUUUUCCCGGGAAUUGAUUUAUUACGUCUCCUCAGCCUUUACACAUCUAUUCCCGCACAAUACUCGGAUGAAAAAGGAAGUAUCGUUAAGUUUAUAGAGUCUGUAAUUGGAAUAAGUUCAUGGGUUGGUGAUGAACAAUUGUCAAAAGAAAAGGAGACCAAUUUAAUGUUAUAUUUUAAAGUUCUUGCCAAUCUUUUUGAUUCUAAGGAAGGAAGAGAUGUUAUAAGGAAAGAAUCUGUUGCUAGCACAAAUACAAAUUUACAAAUUGCUUUUAUCACAAUAUAUUUGAAUCCAGAUGAGAAUCUAAUUAUUCAGAUGAUUGCUACGAUUGUAGAGCUUUUAGAAUCUGAGAGAGAUUCAGAAGUGGUAUAUAGAGCUUUAGUGACUUUGGGAACAUUGAUAUUUUGUCAUGCUUCUGCAAAAGAUGCUGCAAAAGUUUUUGAUGUAAAGAUUAUUUUAAAAAAUGUAUCUGGGAAAGAGCCAAGAAUUACUUCUGUAUAUGUUAAAUCAUCAAGAAUAUAA